AUGUCCCCCGCCGGCGAAAUAAAGUAUCUGCGGGCCAAGAUCUCGAAGCUCGAGCGAAAAUAUGACAAGUACUGCGCAACCCUAGACCGGCUCGAGGGCAGGAAACCCGCGGAGUGCUUUGUAGAACAAAAAGCGAGGAUAGCGUGUAAGAUGGAGGACAUCCUGGCGGAUAUCAAUAUUCUUGAGAGUAAGAUCCUGACCUGGAGGGCGGAAGGAGAGAAGAGGAUUUAUGGCCAUUGUUUCUCGGGGUCAAUGGAGUGA